AUGAAGUCCAAGAACCCGGUUCCCUUGAGUAGGCCUUUACCAGUCAGCAGUUCAAAAUCCAAUAGCAACAAGAAACCGAUUGCUGCUGCUUUCCCGUUUAUCAAUUCAUUCUUCCCUGUCAACCUCAAUGGUAACUCUAAAACUACUUUGAAAAAUACUGGAACUCUUUCUACCUCAUCAACAUUUACAUCUGAGGCCGUGACACCUGGAUUAGCUUUCCCACUGAAAACUAUUUCAGUAGACUUAUCAGAUUGCAAGCUUCUGUUAAUGCUUAUGUAUAUAUUCUCGUUAUCAGUUUUCACAGGAUAUACGAAUAAAGUUCUUAGAGGUGGAGUGAGUGCUCUAAGUACAAGAUUCCUAGGAUACCAAUCUUUAAUAUCUCCCGUCCGCAAAUCAAAAGUGCUAUCAGUUGUCGGGCAAACAAUACAUCCAUCCUGCAACAAGUCAAAACACGCCAACACCGUCUCACCGUCGUGUAUGAUCACGCGCCGCUCCCCCUUCGGCAGAGCCGCCAGGGGCACCACCGGCACCCAGCUAUUUCCUUUAUCCGCCGCCGCCGGCGCCGAAUAA